UUUCUCGCACUCCAGCUAUUUUUUUCACGUACUCCAGCCCAUCUCUCCCCCAUCUCUCCCUCUAUAAAUACUUUCCUAAACUCCUUAUCCAUUUCCACAAACACAAACCUCUUCUUUUCAUCAACUCAACUAUCCACUAUUAUUCAGACUAUAUAUAUAUAAUUGAGAAGUUGAGAUGAAGAUCAUUGAGUAUUCAUUUCUGGCCUUCUUCUUGCUUCUUCCUCUUGUACUGGCUGACCUGCGGGUUGGUUUCUACAAUGCUACCUGCCCACAAGCUGAAUCAAUAAUACAAAAAGUCGUGCAAAAACAGUUCGCAACUGAUUCAUCCAUAACUGGCGGUUUGCUUCGCAUGCAUUUUCAUGACUGCUUUGUCAGAGGAUGUGAUGCCUCCAUACUUAUAGAUUCGACACCGAAGAAGCCAUCUGAAAAAUCGGCAGGACCAAACUUGACUGUGCGAGGAUUUGAGCUUAUUGACGAGGCCAAGAAAAGCCUAGAGGCAGCAUGCCCUUCAACUGUAUCCUGUGCAGAUAUCAUAACCCUCGCAACCCGAGAUUCAGUUGUUCUUGCGGGAGGGCAAAGCUACGCUGCUCCCACCGGAAGGCGCGAUGGCCUUGUUUCAAAUCCUGACGACGUUAACUUGCCCGGUCCAACGUUCUCCGUGUCUGAGGCGUUGCAGUCUUUCACAGCCAAAGGGUUGACCCUAAAUGACAUGGUCACUCUUUUGGGUGCACACACGGUUGGUUUAGUGCACUGUAAUUUUUUCGAAGAUAGGCUUUCAGAUUUUCAAGGCACAGGGUCUCCUGAUCCUUCUAUGGAUCCAGCUUUGGUUGCCAAGCUGAGCAAACUUUGUGCAGCUGGCAAAAACCCAACAACAUUUCUGGACCAAAAUACAUCUUCUACUUUUGAUAACCAGUACUACAAUCAGCUUCUUUUGAAGAGAGGUAUCUUGCAGAUCGACCAGGAGCUUGCUUCAGAUAACUCUACGACUGGUAUUGUUUCUGGAUUUGCAUCAAAUGGUGUGAGAUUCAGUCAGAGCUUUGCAACUGCUAUAUUAAAGAUGGGGAGUCUCCAGGUUCUUGUUGGAAAUGCAGGAGAAAUUAGGAAAAAUUGUAGAGUUUUUAAUCCCAAGUAAAAGAACUAAUUGUUUAGAGUCUUCUAAUAAAUUUAGAUAUUAAUUAUUGUGAUGAUAAUUUUUAUGUAAUAAAGCCUUACUUAUCAAGUCGUUGAGUACAUAGUUUGUUAAAUUGCUGAAACGUACUAAAGGUGGCAAUCAUAUAUGAGGUGUUAGGAAUGGAUAAGCAAAUCUCUAAAUA